GGGCGGGGCGGCGGCGCUGGCGGGCGGGAGCCGCGUCCCGCGCCCCGCGGCGGCUGAGGGGCGGGCGGCGGGGAAGGGCGGCCAUGGAGGAGCCGCUCUGCUGCUGCGAGUACGUGGACCGCAGGGGCGAGAGGAACCACCUGGCGGCGUGUUGCUGCGACUGCGAGGACCUGGACGAGGGCUGCGAGAGGUGGCUGACGUGCCGGUCGCUGCCGCCGGGAGCUCUGGGGAGAAUCGCCGACACGGUCGCGGACCGGGUGCGGGUCCCCUGGUUCGCAGGGGCCGUGAAGGUCAACGUCAGCCUCGUGCCGCCGCUGGUGCUGCUGCCCGUCUUCCUCCACAUCGCCGCGCUGCACUUCCUGCUGGGGCUGGUCAUCCUGACAUCCCUGCCCGUGCUGGUGCUCUGGUAUUACUACCUCACCCACAGGAGGAAGGAGCGGACUCUCUUCUUCUUGAGCCUGGGGCUCUUCUCCCUGGGCUACAUGUACUACGUGUUUCUGCAGGAGGUGGUUCCCCGCGGCCGCGUGGGGUAUGCCCAAGUGGUCGCUCUCACCUGUGGGGUAAUUCUUAUGCUUGCAGCUCUGUCUCGAGCCAAGAAGGACCCCGGGUACCUCCCCAUCCCAGCAAGCAACGAGAAGGUGUCGCACCAGGGUUUGCCCAACAAGAGUGUUAGAGGGAGCUCCAACGGGCUCCAUGGCGUCACCUCCUCAGGAGCCGCCAGCAGCCGUGCUGUGAAUGGGGAAGCCAAAGGCUAUUCCAGGCUGUCAGCUGAGGAACCAGAAGGUGUGAAGAAGGACUGGUGUGCUAAAUGCCAGCUGGUCAGACCUGCCCGAGCAGGGCACUGCCGGCUCUGUGGCCGGUGCGUAAGGAGACUGGACCAUCACUGUGUCUGGAUUAACAGCUGUGUAGGGGAGCAGAACCAUCAAGCAUUCAUCCUUGCACUCUCCUUCUUCAUGCUCACCUCUGUGUAUGGAAUUACGUUGACCCUGCACACCAUCUGUAGGGGCCGAACUCCGUUUGUGGCAUUGUUCUACUGCCCUGGGGCCUAUUCUGACUACAGGCCAGUGGUGUUGGCUGUCAAAUCUGACCAAAAAGUGCUCCUUAAGAAGCUCUGGAAAGCAGUGAUGCAUUACUGCUUUUGCCAAGGUGUGGAGCCUGAGACUCGGGGAGAGAUCACCCUUUAUUUGGAAGAAGUUGUUGGAGGAGCUGGGAUUUGAAGUCCGUCUAUUUUGUCCUAUAUAGAUACGCCCUUAAAUAUGUUUGCCCCCAGGUGCAGGUAAUGGUCUGAACAGUCUGGAAUCUGUGCUGUCUCUUCCUCUCAUCCCUCACUGUUUAUCAAGGGACUGUCCCACUGAGUUACCCGCUUAGAACAGGCAGCGUUAAUAUCGGGCAGGGAGGGCGGUGAGGAGCAUCAGGCGUGAGUUCAGAGACUAGCGCUACCACUGAUGGGCAGAGUACACCAGCAUGAGUGACUCUGCCCUCGUGAUCUGUUGAGCGUGAACAUCAUUGUGUCCUUGAAUAAGGACCCAGUACUUUUACAACAGAAAGAGUAAAGAGCUAGGUAGUGCAGUAGCAAUGUGCAAGAGUAGCUCUGGUAGUGCUAAAAGCUCUCGUUAAGUAAGCCCUGAAGCUUUAAUUUUGGGAAAGCCUUCAAGGAUUAUCUGAUGAAAGCAGCAAAGUGAGAUCACUGUGGCAGAUGUAGACAGGGAUUUGAAAGGAUAGUGAUUACCAGGGACAGUCAUGCUAAAACAGCUGCUCCAAAACUAAAUGGCUUCCUUCCCAUCUUUUUCCCUGCUGCCAGCUCUGCUCUGUCGUUCACCUGUGUGUGGUACUGUGCCAUUGUAACAGCUGGCAUGGGAUACAUCCUCCUUAUCCAGCUGUUGAACAUCAGCUACAACGUGACUGAGAGGGAAGCUCGGCUGGCUCUGCGGGACAACACUGGGCGCAGGCUCCUGGGUGGGUUAGUGAUAGACACUGGCCAGUAUAACAGGGGUUUCCUAUGCAACUGGGGCCAUUUCUUGAGCCUGGGGUCUUCUCCUCCACAGCGCUCUGCUGAAGACAUCGUGUGACACCUUUUUCUGUCGAUGAUGUUGACUGACUUUCUUUAGCAGGGGAACAGCCCCUUCCACUAGGACUCCCUCCUCCCACACACUUCCUUUGUGGUCGGUGUAUGGGUUGCCUAUCCCAUCACUGACAACAUCAGAGGCUUUCCCAGGCAGAGUGGUUCUUCGUGUGCUGGAAGCCAGCAAUAGGAUGCAGAAAGCAGUAAGCCAUAUGCACAGACCUGGAGAGGAGGAGCCUGCUGCUUUUUCCACUGUCGGAAGCUUUGUGCAGCUCAGCUCGGCAGGAAGAAGAGCACAAGGUUUUGAGAACUUGAGUUUUCAUUAGGUGUGAACCCUGGCAUCAAGAGGAACCCACUGCUGGACUUCAGAGUGAGCACUGGCUCCUGCAGAGGUUAAGGAAUCCUUGGCUCGUACCUGCAUGUGGCAUUUCAGAGAUGUCAGGAGGACAAACAGAUAACAGAUGGACCGCUGCAGAAGCCAGGCUCUUUGGCUAAAAGAGACCGUCUAGGCAGUCGCUGAACAGCUCCCUCCUCUCUGGUGCAUUUUUAAUUUUUAUUUUUUCCUAUCUUCUCUUCCAUCCAGCUAUAUACAUGCUUGUACUAAGUGCCUUUGUGAGCAACAUUUCUGUAGGACUCUGUAAGUUCCCUUCACCUCUUAACCCAUAAAGUUGUUAUUCCAUCCCCAUCUGUCCGGCCGGGUGAGAAGACACUGUCAUCUUCAAUCUCAUCGUUCUUUCUGCAGGCUGGGUCUGUGUUGGUUUGAAGGCUUGGCUCAUCUCCCUCAGAGUGUUUCUGCUCAGAUUAUGGAUUGUGACAGGAGACAGCAGGUAACUAUAGCAAGUAAGGAGGAGACGUGUUGAAGCAACAUGUAACAGCGGAUGCUGAGGGGAAAACAAGAGUGCUGUCUGGUGUUACUGUAGCGUUAUGGAAACUACCUUCCUCUCUCUGGCUAUGGGAGAAGGGAGCCUGUGGGAGAGCAGACAGUUCUGCUAAUAGCAUUUUUGGUAGGUAGCAUCUUGGUCUGUUGUGUUGCUAAUAACGCAGUGAUCCUGUCUCCUCUCAACCCAGUCACUGUGGAGCUGCCUUACUGUAGAUCUGCUUUUUCAAGCUAGGAAGCCAAGGAACAGUUCAGCCUCUGCGUAUGUAGGGAGAGGAUGUGCUGGAGCCAUCUGUUUCUUGUGGCAGAUGACCUGAGCUGGCAGGUGAAUGAAUGUAUUAUGUGUUCUGCAAGGAUGCCACUUGUUCCUCAUCAGCCUGCAACUGUACUAUUGCCUGGGCUUGAGCUUCAGCUGAAAUACCAAGGUUUUGGUGAUGAUGGUUUCUGGUUUGUGUGCGUGGGGUCUUUUUUUUUUUUUUUUUUCCCCUCCUUUUUUUUCCCUUUUUGUUUUAAACCUUUUGUGUAUGUUGUUGGCCCUUCAGUAAUGUGAAAGGUCUAGCUGGAAAAGCCUGGGACCAUGGCACAAGAGUUGGGCCUGAGAUGCAGAAGCAGAUGGAAGAGCCUUGUUGUAGCUACUGAUGUUUUUAGAUGUGUGCGCAGCAUGCGCAGAUCAUAGCUGUGAUGAUCUGAUGCCGCUUGUGUGGCAGGCAGCUGGGGGAUGUUGGCUGAGUGAUGCAAAUGCACUGUGCGCUGCUGUGCAUUAUCUCUGAAGGAUGGUGCCUGGUGCCAAAAGGUGAGAGGGUUGAGGGCGACUCUUGAGAUCGCUGCCGUGACAUCCUGAUUAUGUGUCCCUGUUUAAGGUGAAGAACCUGUCCCUCCUUGCACUGUUUGGUUUCCUCAAGUGGCACUUUCUAUAACCAGCAGAUAAUUGAGGAGCAGCUGUACUUGGAAUGUGGCUGUGCAGAAAGUUACUGAGUGUCCCUUAUCUCCUCUUACCUCUCUUCAUCCAGUGAGCAAUCCUUUAUAUGGAGGCAAAGGGGACACCUCUCUUGCUUCCUGCCUCUAACCAAACACACCAAGAUGUUUCUGGCUGCUUCCCUGGCCCUAGUGUGAAGAAAAAAGACACCCAGGCAGAUUGUGCUAUCUGUUCUUCUAUGACCUGACAGUUUGGAGCUUGGAGCCUGACCCUAGGAGUUUGAAUUCACAGAAAGACGUUGCCUCCACCUGAGUUGUCUGUAAAUGUUUCUAUGGCACAUAGGCGUUCUGUGGUGCUUGCUGAGAUGAACUGGAGCCUGGCAACCCUGGAGAGCAGGAUGCUGUGGGCUAGCAGGUUUGUGAUCUGCUCAGAUCUCAUCCCGCUGGCACUUGGGAAGAUGAAGGCAGAAUGACAUCCUGGGCUAAACGAACCCCUGCAGCGGAGGUAGCCAACCCCUCUGUCCCUGUGAGCUACGUGGGCAGAAAUCCUGCACCCGUGAGCUGGAUAAGCUCUGGGAGUGUUCCCAGGCUUGAGGUAAGUGGUUUCUCAGCAUCCUGCUACCCCUGGCUGGGGGAAGGCAGCGCAGAGCAGAUCGCGGGUCAUUUCCCUGGGAUUGCCUGACCCUGUUGGGCUCAGUCUCCUACGGGCAGAGACUGGUCACUGCUUUGCAGCCUGUCAGCGUAGCCUUAUCCCUUGUCUCUUGGUGAGCUCUGGCAUGGGAGAUGUCAUCUGAACUGCUUAUACGGAGACCCUCGGAGUGGUGGCCUCCCAGGCAGCGUGGGCUUUGGGGCAUAGAUUAGGAACAAAGGGUGCUGGACUAACAUAACCGUUCGCUACCUUGGUCAAGCCCACUCCAGUAUUGUGGGGGUGAAGUGCUAAAGUAAAUUUUCUUUUUGCACUUGCUGCAGAGGGAACUGGAACCAUUCAGGACAUGAGAAGUGUUGUAAGGCUGGGUAUUUUAGGAGGAGGCUGCAGUGCUGAUUCCCCAGCCAACGGGAAGUUCACAGGGCUGUAAACUGCAUAGCAGUGGUGACUUUUUUUCUUUAAGGACAUGGCUCUUGUUUACCAUUCUGGCGUCUUCCCCAGAGGACUUACCUUGUGAAUGCCUUGGGAGAUGGGAAGCAUCAAGUAACAGGAUAUCUAAAAAGCAUCUAAAAGGGUAGAGGAGUUGCGAGCUUCAGAUACAUACUUUGGAGCUUUCCUUUUAAUAGCCCUAAGAAUUAGCAAGAAGCCCUUGAAGGGUAACAGUCCCUUUUGUACUUGUAGCAAGGGCAGACUGUUGUGAUCUCUUGUGCACUAAAGGGACAAUUGCUUUUCCAAGUAUUUUCUUGCCGAGAUUGUUGCUGGCCACACUGGUAGAAAAACGUUAAAACCUGGGCAUCGGGUCAGUCCUUGGGCUCGCUGUGUUAGCAGCUGCCUAGAUCCUUGCUGCCUGGGUGUUGGAGCAGUGGGAGCAGCCUGCCUUUGACAGGUGACUUGUGGUUCAUGUGUUGUGGCCUUAAGGUAAGGACCGGUGCUGGACCAGUGUCUCACCUGUAAAACCAUGUGCAGGUACCUGGCAGUCUAGAAGAUGGUAAACCAGUAAAACAGUACUCUGCUGGCCCUUGGGAAGUUUCUCCCUAAGAGAAGAGGACCUAGAGCUGGUCAGAAGCAGGGAAGGAUUUUGGUAAUAGCUAGCCUUGAGGUUUCUCCGCCCAGACUUGGAAAUUAGCUUAUCCUGCUUUAGCCGUGACCUUUUAAAAGGUAUUUGUUGUUUCACAAUUAGUGUGGACUUCUGCAGGGCAACUCUUAAAGGGCCAGGGUUCUGAUGUUGCUGCUGUUGUAGUGAUAAAGCCCCCCGUGUUCAAAUGCCAGCACCCUACUGUUUGGUAACUGUAAGAACUGUGCACCAUUAGAGACACCCUGUAAACGGUGGCUUGGCACUCUUUAACUGUGUCUUCUGACAUUGUGCUUUUUUUGUAGGCAAGUCACAGGUCCCCACAUCGACUGUUUCUCCAUUUAACUUGUCCUCAAACGACAAAAGUCACUGGUGAGCCUGAGUUGGCGCUGCUUGUGACUCCUAAUCGCGUUUCAGCCGUCAUGCUAUGAUGGUGCUUUUUUUUUUUUUUCUUCAAAGUGUCUUAAUGAAACCAUUUGCUGUAAAAUGUCUCCUGAAGAUAAAAUGGGUACUGCCUCACUGCCUAAUGUCUUAAUAAUGUGCUUGGUUUUUUCCUUCUAUAUGAAUGUAUAUUGCCUCAUUAGGGCAGGAAGUGUGUGUGAUUAUGGAUGUGUUUUCCUGUAUUGCUUUCAGUGAAGAACUCUACAGUUUCCUAGGAUUUUCUUCUGCUAUCAGGAUGUUUGUACAGCAAAAAUCUUCCUGCAGACAGGUGAGGUUCUUUCUGAAAUGUGGGAAGUCAGCCUCCCAAGAUCUUGUCUUUAUGGAACUUCUGUAAUGAUAAUGUGAAGAAUGAUGGGCUCUGGAAGAACUGUCUGCCUUGGAGAAUGGGUAGUUUGGGUUUGGGUUGUGGGUUUUUUUUCCACUCUAAGCUUUAGGAAAAAACUUUGUGAAACAUAUUUGUGAGCUUUGUUGAAAGGACUGGGGGGGGGGUGUGUGCGCGCGCGCAUGUGUCCAUUUUGCAUCAUAUUCAGUGUUUCCAAAUGGAUGCAAUUAUGAAUCAAAAUAAAUUAUUAGAAAUGA